UGUAGUGACAAACAGGGUCUCUCCUCCCUUCACAGUCUCAGACGAGGAACCUAUCUGCAAGCUCUUUUAUAGCACUUGCUAAGCUUCAGGGUUUAAACUACACCAUUUACGUUAACCAACUGCUUUUGAACUAUGAUUUUGCUUGCAAGUUAAUUUGUGAAUGUGACUUUGGACGUCAAUGGUGUAAAUGAAACAAAAAAAAAUCCUCGAAAGAUGGCCACUAAUCAAGCAGGAUCAUUUUUGGGCCAUUUCCCUUAUCCAAGGACCUCACCUAUAAGCAUUCCAGUAGAGCACCCUGGAGUUGCCUUUGGAGAACCAUUUGCUGUGCCAGUAGCCUUUGACCCUUCUUACUUGGACCAGGCUUACAGCCAUGGAUUUUCUAGAAGAAUAUCCUACAUUCCUUUUCCUGGCCACUUAGGAGUUUAUGACUAUUCUUUUGAACCAGCUUUCAUUAGAAAAAGGAAUGAACGGGAGAGGCAAAGGGUCCGUUGUGUCAAUGAAGGUUACGCACGACUCCGUGAGCAUCUUCCACAGGAGUUUGAGGACAAGCGCCUUAGCAAAGUGGAAACCCUAAGGGCAGCAAUUAACUAUAUCAAGCACCUCCAGAAUCUGUUGGAUCUUCAGACUUCAGCUUUGUCAAAAGAAAAGUCUUUGCCUCCCAAAGGACUUUGUGGCUCAUCAGCUCCUUCAGAGAGGAAAGAGUGCAAUAGUGAUGGGGAAUCCAAGACCUCAUCAACCUCUUCACCUUACAGUGAGUCAGAUGACAUGACCUAAGGUAAAAUCAGACUGCUAGAUUAAAUGUUGAAAAUUAUUUUCUUCAUUGGUACUCUCAGGAAAUGGGCUUCACUGACUAAAAAAUCAGCAUUCAAUCAGUAUUCCAUUCUGGACCUCAAAGCACUCUGUACUCAACUGGCAUUGAGUUCAGAGCAUAAAACUGUUAUUGCUCCUUGGACAAACCCUAAAACAUUGCAUCCAACAGACUCUGGACUCCACAGUACUGUUUUGGAAUUAUCAGUUUUGGAACAUUGCCAAGAAAAGACAUGGGCGUCUAGAUAUGAGCUCCCCCAAAACUCAAAGACAUUGAUGGUGUUCUGUAAUGUAAUACAAAAAAUUGGAACUUUAUUACUGCUUGGUUGGGAACCUGUAUCUAGAAUUGUUGCCAAAAAGUGUACAUUGUAUUUAAAAAGCUGAACUGCUCUCUUUAUGGUAUUAUUUUUCAAAAUUUCUACGCCAACGUUCAUUGGAGAAUAUGGAGUUCAUUUUCCCUGUAACAUACUGGAUUAUUCUAAUUACACAGUAGGUUGUAUACAUCUUCAUAUAUCCAGCAAGUUUCACAGACAUGAAAGAGAUCGACCUUUAUAUAUUUAAAAACAGAUGGUGGAGAUCAUUGAUAAUAGCUAAAGCAGGAAUAGCAUUCUACAGAACCAUCUAAUGGUUGUUUUUCACUCUCAGAAAGCAUAGACAAACAUCAAAACUGUGAAGCCAUAGCAGGAAGAAAUUUGGAGAAUUCAGUUACAAUAAUGCAUAUUUCAGAGGCCAUGAUUUUGUUAAACAGGGUCUGAGGUGGCGGUGGUGGUGGGGGGGUUGUUAAGAUAAACAUAAAAAUGUCAAAGAGCUGAGUGCAAAUUCCAAGCAGAUAAUAUCACAUUUUCAAGAGGGUAAGCAAGGAAAAAGAAAGAAAAGAAGCAGUUCUUUUCCUAUUAUCUCUUGCAAUACUUAAAUUCUUCACAAUCCAUCAGCCUAAUUACCACACAUCUAAUAGCCAUUUCUUCAAAGCUGCAAAAUACAUGAACAAUCAUUUACAAGACAUUUUACCAGGUAAGGCAUUAUUAUGGUGGAACUUGCAGUGUCACACAUCAAUUAAUGCAUAUCGCAAAAAAGCUAUUCUAAGUGUUUUAAUGUAUAAAGAAAACAAUUUUAAUUGAAGGGAAUGAAUAUGUAAUCAUUAAUGGCAUUUAAAAUAAAUAAUGUUUACAUUGUUUGAUUGAAAUAAUUAAAAAUCAGAGGGGAUCACGUAACAGAGAAAAGGUUUACUUCAUUGCAAAACCGUUAUGAUCUGGGCUUACCACACUGCAUUCAGGUUCAGCUGAAACGAUCACUAGCCAAGCUCCUUUAAUAGCCAAGGUGAAUAUCAUAUUCUAGAAGU